AUGCAGCUCUCGACCAAGCCACAACAGCCAGUCACCCUGUCCAUAGCCUUGCAGACUGGCCAUAAGCUACUCCCUAACAGAGCCCCCAUUUGCGACGGCGCCGGCAACGUCAGUUCAGCCGACUGGAGCCAUUCUCAGCCCAGCCCUAAGGACAUGCAGGAUAUUAUGAAAGCCUGGCUGAAAUGGGCGACGGAUAGGGAUCUGCCCAAGCGUGUGUUUGCCCACCUUUCGCAAAGCCGGCCAGAACACCCAUUACCUGAAGAGUAUCAGCUAGAGCUCAUCCGCAUCGCAUGCGAGGUCAUGGACUGGGACUAUGACACCAUGACGCAAGCGGCGGACGGACAGCCUUUCCGCCUCAAUCUCCUGCAAGCCUUUGCCGACCUCCUUAAGGACCCAGAUAGCUCCCUGCCGGCCUUACUUAGAGUAGGCGUCCACACCGGAGUCUUCGACGAUAUCCCGCCCUCCGGGCUUUGGCCCAGAGCCAAGAUACAGCCUUUGUCAGCCUCAGGCCUCGAGGUUUGUGAAGGUAACUGGAAGCCUGCGGAAGCCGACCCGGACACAGUCCGCUCACUCCUGGCGGAGGAGGAAAGAGCGCGGAUUAUUGAAGUUGCCAGCCGACCAGUGCACUGCAAAACGGACUUGCCGCCUCAGCCGAAGUCUUCCGGCCCGACGUGGGUCCGCAUCUCGGACCCCACCUGUCCCGAAAUUAAGCUCACCAAUUCAGCCCAGGACAGCCUUCGAUGGCUUCUCCCUCGAAUUGAGGCUAUCCCUACUACUAGCCUUUCCCUCCCGCCAUUAGUGUCGUGCCUAGCCAGAGCCGACGCCAUGGCCGAGGGCGACCGCGUGGGCAUUGGUGGUUGGAUUACCACCAAGCAAAGCAUGGCGUGGUUCGCCGAAGCGUGGACUAUGGAGGAAGUCCGACAGACAUGGCCGUUCCUCACCAAGGAUGCCCAGCGCUACAUAGCCUGCUUCGAGACCUUAGCCCAGCUAGCCUUAGCCAUGACCGCCAGGGAGCGCCACGCCCUCUCUCAGUUCUCAGUUUGCCUGCCGUCGCAAAGCGACAACACGCCAUCGGAGGCCGGGAUCAACAAGCUCUUCACUACAAGCUGGCCUUUGUCCCAGUUCCUACAGCUUAUCGCCUCAUGGUCAUCGUGCCACGGAGUGGAGCUGCAGAUAUCGCACGUGGCAGGAGCCCACAAUCAGUGGGCGGACGAUCUCAGCCGGGGGCGCCUGAAAGCCUUCAGCCAUCGCCCACAGGAAAGGGUCAGAAUCAGCCUAGGCCGCCUAGCCUCAGCAGCGUCACAGGCGCAGUGGUCCGAGCCACCGGACCACACUGGCCCACAGCGGCCUCAGUCUCUAGGAUCGGCCAACGUGCACUACGCGACGCCCUAG